AUGGCUUCUUCUUUCUCCUUAAAUUCCACCAUCCAACUAGUGAUUCUCUUUGCUCUUUUCUCUUGUCUACACUUUUCUAUUGUAACUUCUUCUCAUGAAUUUCAAGUUGGUGGCUUAAAAGGUUGGGUUGUUCCACCUUCUAAUGACACUGAUAUGUACAAUGUUUGGGCUUCCAAUAAUAGGUUCCAAAUUGGUGAUUCCAUCCAUUUCAAGUACAAGAAGGAUUCAGUGAUGGAAGUUGGCAAGGAAAAUUACAACGAUUGCAAUGCAACACAACCAACAUUUUUCUCAAACAAUGGAAACACAGAAUUCAAGUUAGAUCAUUCAGGAACAUUCUACUUCAUUAGUGGUGCAUCAGGACAUUGUGAGAAAGGACAAAAAAUGAUUGUGAGGGUCAUGAUUCAAGAUGUUCAUCCCAAGUCUUCUGCCUACCAUGUUUCUGUUUUUCCAAUUGGUGUCUUUGAAAUUAUCUUUGCUUUAGGAUUUGUUGUUUCCUAUUUAAUUUGA